AAGAAUAUGAAUUUCAUGAUAACUUAAUUUUGGAGUUCGUAAUUUUUUAGAGAUGAAUAAUGUAGGCUUCUAAAAUAAAACCGAAAGGAAGAAAGAAAAAGGCUACUCUCCGAUCUUGCUCUCUCACCUCACUCAUUCGCUCCGCCGGCAACCGCCACCGUCGGUUGAACUCUCUUUGGAGCUCACGCCUUCAGCUUCAGAAGGUAAAUCUACACUACUAGGCGCCACCGCCAAGGGCUCCGCCCCCGGAAUGUCGGCGGUAAAACUCCAGCAGCAACCGCCCUUCGCCGCUCUCUGCACGCUCCGACGCUCCGUCCUCACUGUCGCUAUCGUAACGCUCGUUUCCUUCACUUACCUCUCCCUUAAAUCCCUACACUCACCAUCUCUCCUAUCCUCCCCCACUACUACCUCUACCGCCCGCUCCGUACAACCCUCCCUGCCUGAGGAUGUUGAUUACGGCGACGGUGAUAAUGCUGAGAAAGGUGUGGUUUUGGAAAGAGAGAGAAAUGAGAGUGACGAUAAGGAGGAAGACGACGUAUACCAUUUUCCCAAGGUGUUUAGGUUGAACUAUGAGGAGAUGUUGAAGAGAUUUAAGGUGUACGUGUACUCCGAUGGGGAUCCGAAGACCUAUUACCAGACGCCGCGGAAGCUGACUGGAAAAUAUGCGAGCGAAGGUUACUUUUUUCAGAAUCUUAGGGAUAGUAAAUUCGUGACGGAUGAUCCAGAUCGGGCCGACUUGUUCUUCAUCCCGAUCUCUUGCCAUAAGAUGCGAGGAAAGGGUAUAUCAUAUGGGAACAUGACUGUAAUUGUCCGGGACUAUGUGGAAGGAUUGAUGUCCAAGUACCCAUAUUGGAAUAGAACUCUAGGUGCAGAUCAUUUCUUUGUUACGUGUCAUGAUGUUGGUGUGAGGGCCACUGAAGGACUUCCAAACCUUAUAAAGAACUCGAUUCGUGUUGUUUGCUCUCCCAGCUAUGAUGUUGGGUUUAUACCGCACAAAGAUGUUGCACUCCCUCAAGUUCUUCAGCCCUUUGCCCUUCCCGCUGGAGGAAAUGAUAUAGAAAAUAGGACGACACUCGGUUUCUGGGCAGGGCAUAGGAAUUCCAAGAUUCGUGUCAUAUUGGCACGAGUAUGGGAAAAUGAUACUGAACUUGACAUUUCCAACAACAGAAUUAAUAGGGCCACUGGGCAUCUUGUGUAUCAAAGGAGAUUUUACAGAACAAAAUUCUGCAUUUGCCCUGGUGGCUCUCAGGUCAAUAGUGCCCGUAUAGCAGACUCUAUACAUUAUGGAUGCAUACCUGUGAUACUCUCUAAUUACUACGACUUGCCUUUCAAUGACAUACUAAAUUGGCAUAAAUUUUCGGUGGUACUAAAGGAGAAGGAUGUCUAUCAGCUUAAGCAAAUUCUGAAGAAUAUUACACAAGAAGAGUUCGUCAGAUUGCACAACAAUUUGGUCAAGGUCCAAAAACAUUUCCAUUGGAACUCACCUGCUGUCAGUCACGAUGCCUUCCAUAUGAUCAUGUAUGAGCUCUGGUUGCGCCAUCAUGUUAUCAAAUACUAACAUCUAAAUCACUCAACUUCAUCUCAACACAUGGCUAGUUUUCGCUGGCUCUGAAUAUGAAAAACGUAUAUAUUACUACUUCUGAGUUGCAAUUUGUUCAUUCGUUCCCGUCUAUUUUUUAUAAUGUUUUGGAAAAGAGGAAUUGGGUGCAUUUAUUUUGUAACUCAUGGAGAGCUUUUCUUCUUCUUUUUUUUGUUUUGUGUAUCAACGCGGAAAAAUUUAGGUGGGAUAGGGGUGCCUAGUAAACAUAUCUCAUACCUGUGUAGUGGUAUGCUUCCUUUUUACAUAUUCUAACAGGGCGAACAUUUCUGAUAUAUGUUUCCCAUUUACUUUCUGGAAAAUAUAUUAGUUCAUUGCUGCCAAUUUAUUUCUCCGUUGGCAGUUCUUUAUGGGAUAA